AUGACCACUGCUAAUGGCAUGGUUUAUCAGACUUUCUGUGACAUAACCACUACAGAAGGCGGCUGGACGCUGGUGGCGACCGUCCAUGAGAACAGUGUUUAUGGAAGGUGCACAAAUCCAGGCUACUAUGAUAUAGUAGCAGAAGACAUGUCUGUAUGGCAUGUUCCCAACAACUUCCCACUGGAGCACAGGAAACUGGCAGCCAUCCUCCGCUACUACACUGACAACCGCUUUUGCCGCCUGUAUGGAGGGAAACUCUUUCAGCUCUUCUUGCAAUAUCCAGUGAGAUACAACAUUGGCUCCUUUAGCAACAGAGGGCCAGGUAUUCCCAUCGUGUUCGACCAUGGAGACAGAGAGUCCACCAGAAUAUUAUACGGACCCAAUCCUAGAGUGGAGUUUGAACCAGAUUUCAUCACAUUCAGAGCAAUAAACAACGAAUGCUCAGUCAUGGCUAUCUGCUCUGGGGUCAAGCCGACCACAGGAUACAACACUGAACAUUACUGUAUAGGAGGAGGUGGAUAUUUCCACCCUGAUCAGUGUGGGGACUUCCACCCAUUUGACUGGAACAGACUGGGAAGGGAGCAAGGCUGGAGCUCUUCCAAAGAGAUAACUGAGGCUGCUGUUUUACUGUUCUACUGCUGA